AUGGCUGACUACACCGACGAUUCCCUCACCGAGGACAUCUGGGCCUCGCCCGGUCCCGAAGGCGAAGGUGCCCCUCCAUCCGAUCGGCCCAAGACCCCUAGAACGCCCAGAACCCCGAAAACACCAAAGACGCCAGCGAACCCAAACACCACUUUUGACAGAGAAGCGGCGUUGCGGAAAGAGCUGGAGGGUGUGCGCAACAUCAAUGCUGCUAUCGAGGGCAUCAUCACCACCCUCGACAAGGCUAAGGGCAACAUGAAUACCGUUGGCAGCACCGUAUCGAACGCAUCCACCCUCCUCAACACCUGGACUCGCAUCCUUUCGCAAACCGAACACAAUCAGAGACUCAUUUUGAACCCCAACUGGCGUGGCGCAAGCAACGACUUGGUGGAGAUCGAGGCAGAGGCAGUCCAGAAGCAGCAGCUCGCCGAGAGACGAGCCGCCGAAGAGGAGAGGCGACGUGAGGCUGCCCGUCGAAAGAGAGAGGAGGAAGAUGAAGAGCGGCAGAGACAGGCGGCCGUCGGCAAUGCGCCGCGUGGGCGAGGCGUCUCUCGCGGUCGGGUUCGUGGCACGACGAGCACCACUCGCGGCCACAGCUACUCGAGUAGCACAUCGAGGAUCGGCAGAGGUGCGGCGAGCGUGCGUGGUGGAUAUCGUGGGCGAGCUAGAGGUUCGGAGUAA